AUGCAUCUCUCAAUACUUACCCACCUAAUCAUCCCCUUCACAUCCAUUCUCCUCCCCCUAGCAAACGCCUACCACCUUGCCAUCGCCGACCAAAAAUCCCAAACCGUGCGAGUCUUCCCACGCUCGGCACCCAGCUGGACCCAAUCCAACAUCCACUGGGAAUUCGACCCAUCCGGAGCCAACGGUCUCUUCACCAGCAACCGCUGGCACGACGUGUCCGACGUCCGGAUCCGCAAAACCGCAAAACACGGAUGGGUCGCACUCGUCGCUGCAUCCCGCGGGAUGGUCGGCAUCGUGGACAUCCAGAAGGGCCGGCCACGGACAGGCGUGCCGGACGUGCUUUGGUCGGCGUACACCGAGGGUAAUCCGCAUGCGAUCGAGCGGAUUCCGUACGUCGGGGGAAUCGUGGUGGCGAGUUCGGCGAGUAAUGAACUCGAGUUGUAUGGGCCUAGUGAUGCGGGGGAUGUGAGCGACUACGUGAAUGUGAGGAAGCUGGCUACGUAUGAGGUGGACUUUGCGCAUGGGGUGUUAUGGGAUCCGAAUGGGAGUGAGGAUCCGGAGGAUGGGUUUUUAUGGGCCAUUGGGAAGAAGUACCUGUAUAAGUAUCGGGUGCAGGGAAAGGGGAAGGAUCUGCGGUUGAAGAGGCUACCUGGGAAGAAGGGGAAGAUUGAGUUACCUGGGACGGGGGCGCGGAAUGGCCAUGAUUUGUCGGCGAGCUAUGCCCAUCAGGAUCUCUUGUUGUUGACGCAUACGAGUGCGGCGUACAGUUUUAACAAGACGAGUGGGGAGUUUGAGAUGUUGAUGAAUACGACGAAGUUGAAGUCGUUGGUGCAGGAUGAGUCUGGUGAGUAUGUGUGGGUGCGAGGUGCGAGGAACGAGAUGGGACAGUAUGUGUCGUUCAGCAGGGAGGGGGAGCCGGAGGUGGAAGAGGAUAAGAGGGGAUGGGGGGAUGCGGAGUUCUACAAGGCGAGGAUCUAUGAUCCUGCCUACUACUGA